UUUUUCUUUCUUUUUUUUUUUUAAACCCCGGCUGGCACGAACUAGGUAAUACCUACUACCUAAUCAUACACAGCAUAGGCUAUUAGUCGGUGAAUGUGCGGCUGGCGGGGGUUCCAAGAGACCAGGACAAGACAUAACAAAGUCGCAUGACGGCUGUCGGACCGCCUCGCCGUUCUCCUCACCGUCCUCUUGCAUCUGCUUUCUUCCUCUGGCGUUCGGCAAUCUCCAUUCGCUACGCGCGUUGCUGCUCCGCUGUUUUCGUAAUUAUGCUUGCACUGCUGUGAACUGUGAACUGGGCUCCGCAUAUUGCAUGAAUGAGUGGCUGAGCGAGCGAGGGCGUGGCACAAGACGGGCGUGAGAUAUAAACAAGGCACACAACGACUCUGGCCAGCGAUGGCUUCAGUCGGCCUGGAACUCGUCUCUCAUCCGCCGCCUCAUGAAUCGUCUUACGACGCGCUCCAAAGGGAGCAAGAUGACGCCAUCAUCAGAGUCGCGGGCUACCAUCGAAUGGAUUAUGCCAUGCUGACUGCCUUCGUGUCGAGCAGCGAUCACUCCGUCGUGAAGUCGUCCAUUUUGACGUCAGGCAUCGUUCCCAGGAUGGGCCUGGGUGUCUUGAAUCAGCUCCCCGUAGAGCUGCUGUUUCAAACUCUGCGCCAUAUGGACAUGCAGUCGCUCUUCAACCUCCGUCAAACCAACCUCAGGGCCCGCCAGAUUGUGGAUUCGCUGAAAGAGUACAAGGCUGUCGUGGCCCAUGGUCUGAUGGCGUACUGCGCGCUGCUGCGAAUGAAGCUCGCCACGCAUGUCACGCUGCUGGAUUUCUACAGGGUGCUAUGUACCAAGGAUUGUGCCUUUUGUGGCAAGUUUGGAGGCUUUGUGUUCCUGCCUACGUGGAUGCGCUGCUGCUUUGAGUGCAUCGAAGAGGAUCCGGAAACAAGGAUGGUGAGGGUGGCCGAAGUGAGGAGGCUGUUCCGGCUCUCUCGCGCCGAGGUCAGCCAGCAGCGGUCGUUUCAGUCAUUUACGGGGCUGUAUACCGAGGGCCUAUAUUCAAUGAGGAGAUCCUACCAGCAACAUCGAAUCAAACUGGUGCCCUAUUUCCCGGCCAUGAAGGAGUUUGGAGACCGGCUAGAGACGGGGGCUGCUCAUUCGCAAAGGCCCUUUUGGGAUCCGAUUCACAACUUCAUGGCGUCGUGCGAGCUUCCGUAUUAUGAUCCGCAGACCAAGGUGGUUGAGGAAGGAAUCUCAUGUACUGGCUGCGAGAGGACAGAAGACGGGGAGCCCAUUGAAUUGAAUCCUCCGUUUGGAUAUAAUGACCUGUUCGAUGAGAGGCCCUGGAGUGAAGUGUUCUCGCGAGAAGGCUACUUGAAGCACUUCAAGAUAUGUGCGCAGGCGCAGGCGCUGUGGAAGUCCAGCCCGGAAGCUGCCCUCGAGGCCAUGAUCAAACGGGAUACUUGCCAGUAUUGAGCAUUAGUUGGGUCGGGGCCCUUGGCCUGCGGCGUGUUGCGUAUGAGGUUCUUACGCUUGGAGCAUAGAGUGUUAAAAGGUGGAAGUAUUGAAGCUGAGUCUAAAAUUAUAGGAGCUGAUAUUAAAAGUUGAGGCGUGAAUGAGUUGUGAUUUACAACAAGACAGCCGGGUAGACGACUGAAGGAUUUACUUGAAGUAGGUAGUAGUAUAUGGUUGCAUUUCUUGGAGUAGGGCAUAACAUAGUAUAGCGUAGCAUGCAUUGGUAGUAUAUAGCGCCUGAUUCGAGUUGACAUUUUGUAUGAACGUAAUUCCCAAACGCAUGUUACUUGAGUAAUAUCAAUUUCUGUGUUUGAACAACAGCAAAAAAU